UCGAUAUUCAAACCGUGGUGAAUCGGCGGUACAAAUUGAAAUUCAAGUAUUCAAUUUUCUUCUCUUUCAAAAUUCUCCGUUUAGAACCCACCGUCGCCCGAAACCCCCUUUAGAUUUUCUUCUUAAUUAUUUGAAUAUGCUUCUUGAAUCUUAUCUUGUUAACACACUUCUGUACUGAAUUUUUACUUCCGAUCCUUUUUUUUUUCGAUUGCGAAGGAAAACAUAUGGAUGUACAUACUACAUACUGAAAACCCUUGAAACGACGUAGGAUUUAGUUCGUUCGCAUUACUAAUUUGGGGAAUUUGAACCAGCAAAGAUAUGGUGGCUGUUAAGGGGAGGCUGAAUCUGCUCCGAGAUCGAGUUAACCAAGACCAGAAAACGAGCAACAAUGUAGGCCGGGUGAAGAAUUUGAAGAUUUAUGUGGAAGUUGACAAAGUAAAAGACCGUGACACUCUUGAAAAUAGUGCCAAAGGAAAAGCUAUUGCACGUAACAGUAGUAGUUAUCUGCUCAGUGGCAAUGAUUCGAAGAAUGGUAUCAAGAAUUUGGAGAAGAACAAAUGCAAGCCAGAUAUAUCUGUUAAUGUAAACCGUGCGAGAAAAGUUUUGGCUGAUAUUGGAAAUGUGAAGCUGAGCAUUUCAAAAACCGAACUAGGAAAAAGCUCCAAGCCUGUGAAGGACAAAGGCAAAAAGACGCUGUAUCCGCAAAGGAGUGGAAAAAAUGAGGUGACAUACAUUAAUUCAGAAAGAGAUGGUGAAGAUUUGGCUGACACUGAAGCGAGUUCAUCAGACAAACUUUCAAGGGAAAGUUUGAGGCCACACCCAAUUCAAGCUAGAGACAGCAAUCAAACAUUAAAGAAGACAACUAUCAAGAAAACUAUUCAGUCCAGCACUAAUGAGCCAAGGACCAAAUUACAAGGGCGUAGCUCUUCGAUUGCAUUUGCAACUGGAAGGAAAUCAUUCAUUAGAAAUCCUCUUCAUCUGACAAGGAAAUCUUUACCGGUACUAAGGCAGGCCAGUGGGUUAGAAGCAAGUGCAACGGCAAAGGAACAUUCUGAUAAGUCGGAUAGCUCUAAGCGAAAACAUGGCUUCCCUGUGAAGCCUCCCAUUGUCACUGCGAGGAGAAGUAUUGUACCAAAACCAAGCAAUUUGAGCACCCGUCCAUGGGGCAAUAGAGUUAGUGAUGGAUUUAUAGUAAUGGGGUCAAGAGCACAAACUAAGGUAGAUGGUGGAGUAUUAUCAAGAAAAUCAAUCAAACCCGCUGUAAAAACUAUGAUUACAGCUCCGAACACUCAAAGAAAUUCAAAAUCGAACCACUUGUUCACUAUGAAGAAAUUGAAGCCCAGGCCUGCUGAUUUAUCCAAAAGAAAACAGCAGGAUAAUAAGGCUUCUGUGUCAAAGAAUAUUCUCUCAGUUGUAUCGAAUGAGGAAUCUGCUCCAGAAGAAGAGAAUAUUUCUGGUGGUACAAUUAUUGCAAGGAGAAAAUCUGAUCGAAGAAAUUCAUUUACUUGUUCAAUCAUGUCCAGAUCAAAGUUGCUAAAGGAGGGUAGUAAAGUUAAAUCGGAGGAAAUUUUGCCCAAUAUUGACGAUGAUCGCAAUCAUCUUGAAGUUUGUGACUAUGUUGAUGAUAUAUAUCAAUAUUAUUGGGUUAUGGAGGGACAGAGUCCUUUAUUGAAGAACUAUAUGGGGAUCCAGAAAGAGAUCACACCACAAAUGCGUGGUAUAUUGAUCAAUUGGCUUGUUGAGGUUCAUCUAAAGUUUGACUUGAUGCAAGAAACUCUUUUCCUCACUGCUACACUCUUAGAUCGAUACCUUUCCCUUGAGAGCAUUAAGAAGAAUGAAAUGCAGUUAGUUGGCCUUACUGCUCUGUUAUUGGCAUCUAAAUAUGAAGACUUUUGGCAUCCUCGGGUAACUGACUUAGUAAGCAUAUCAGCAGAGUCAUACACUAGGGAUCAGAUGCUUCAAAUGGAGAAGACAAUGUUGAAAAAGUUGAAGUUCCGUCUUAACGAGCCAACUCCUUACGUUUUCAUGCUCAGGUUUCUCAAGGCUGCUCAAUCAAAUCACAUGAAGUUUGAACAUCUUGCUUUCUACCUCAUUGAGCUGUGCUUGGUUGAGUACGAAGCUUUGAGCUACAAACCCUCAAUGCUAUGUGCUUCUGCUAUCUACGUUGCACGAUGCACGUUGCAAAUGGAACCACCGUGGACCCCACUACUAUCAAAACAUGCACGAUACGAAGAAUCUCAUAUCAGGAGUUGUGCGAAGAUGGUUCUGAAGUUUCACAGAGCUGCCAAAACAACAAUGUUAAAGGUGAGUCACGAGAAAUACGCAAAGCUCGAUUAUUGCAGGGUUGCGAAUAUAAAGCCUUUGGACAGGCUUCCUAUGUGAUGUAGGUAUAUUAUAAAAACUGUGAAAGUUAGAAAAUGUAAGUAGACAUUCUCUUGUUUGUUUUGUUUGUCAAAGUAUGUAUUCAAGUGGUGUGCGUUGCUCGUUAACUAAUUUGAUGCUUGGUUAGUACAAUCUCAACUUAUACCUAAAAGCGUCAACACGAGUUUUGAGUGUACUUUUGCUUUCCGAAUGAGAAGCAACUGCUCAAUAUACAUCAAAAGUCUCUACAUAUUACUUUGCAAAUGUAGAUACUUCGAUCCCUAUGUUUUAAAUUAACUAAUGUUUUUUGGAG